UAAAUCAUUGUGUAAAAGUGUAUAAAAUAUAUAAAAUAAAAAUAUAUACUUUUUUGUAUGUUACAUUAAUGGCCAGUUAUCAUUGAAAUUGUUGUAUUGUUUUAUUGUUUAUUAUUGUUUCAGUGAUUCAAGGAUGACUUUAGAGAGAAUAAUGGAGCAGAUUGGUUCUAGAGUAAAUAAUUACAGUAUUGUACGCUUCCAUAUCAUAAGAAGAAAUGUGUUGGAUGGAACAUCCAGAGCAAUGGGCAGAUCCAAUUUUUCACCCGAGAAGAAGGUGGAUGUUAAGUUUACUGAUGACUAUGGAACAUCUGAAGAUGCUGUGGACAAUGGAGGACCUACUCGGGAGUUUUUCCAACUCUGUCUACAUGAAAUCAAGGACAAAAUUGGCAUCUUUGAAGGACCAUCUAAUGCUAAAGUCCUCACAUGCAACUCCAAAGCGAUGAAAGACAAUGCAUACUUCUAUGCUGGCCAGAUCAUGGCAAUGACAAUUGCCCAUGGGGGGCAGAGUCCAUGUUUCCUGUCUGAACUUAUGUAUAAGUGUCUUCAAAAGGGCCCUGACAAUGUAAAUGUCAAAACUGAAGAUAUUACCGAUAAAGAAACAAGGUCACAGUUGCAGUCGAUCUUACAGGCCCAGACUGAUUCACAACUACAAGAUGCAGUUGCACAGGCAGCUAGCUUAAUCAGUCUUGCUGGUCACAAUGUUCGCAUAACACUGGAAAACAAACAGGAGACUGUUUUGGAUCUGGCUCAUUGGUAUGUCCUUCAGCGGACCCGUGCACCAUUUGAAAGGUAUGUUUAUAUCUGA